CACUGAUUUAAAAUAAAGUGCAUUAUUCCAUCAUAUAAUUUCUCAUUGUGCAUCGCAUCACUGGAGGCGUUUGACUUGUUCGCUUGCUUGUUUGGUGUGCUGCAUUUGGCUGCUCUAAAAAUACUUGGCACUUGCACUUCUGGGAGGAGGACUUGGGCGGAGGGUGUGGGUCUGGGUCUGGUCUCCUCCGAAGUUGAAGUUCAAUGCACAUGCCCCAGCUGCUGGGGGUCAAGUCAGCCGAGUGGCGAACGAGACCAAUUAAGCCGGCUAAAGUUAUUGUUGACCGGCAAACAAAUCGCCGCAAUUCAACAAAGUAAGCAAUUAUAGCAAAUAGUUUCGAGUCACAUGAACUGUCGCAGAAAUUGAGGCAGAUUGGCCGGGCUGAAAGUAAAACUGUUUAAUCAUCGAGCUUAAUUUCCAUCGAGAAGCUCGUUUGACGCUAAGCCGAUCAGGCACGCACUCAACUCGUUUCAUCCAGUUUGGAUGUUGUGUUGUACUACCACCUAUACCCUAACCCCUUUUGUAUCUGAAUAGUGAAGCAUUGCUUAGAGGGUAUUCACUCGUCGGCUGGCUGCAGCUGUCUGGCAUUGACACUUUUUUCGAAUGCUUUAUUUUUUGAUCGGGAUGAAGUUUAUGGCCAAUGCAUAUUGCGCAGCGUGUCGAAAUAUGAUUGCAAUUACUGGCAUGUGCGAUGUAGCUCCAAAAUCGCAGUGAUUGAACGCAAAAAACGAGUUCCAAUCCGAAAGUGCUCCGUGGAGUUUGCCACAAUGAUUGGAGUUGGGUUUUAGUGUAUUCAGUAGAAGUGGGCGGCAAAGAAAGUGGCCGCAAGCAAUUAAGUUGUUGCAGACAUUUGAAAAAAGGUGCAAGGUCUCGAAUUGACUAGUUUCGAGCAAAGGCUGGAUUUCAAAUUGAAUUUAUUGCGCAGAUAUUGUCAUGGAAUGCGAUUGGAGCUCAUGUAGCUGCCAAGUCUGAAUACUGAUAUACAAAUGAUGUGGUUUAGCAAGCGAGUGUUAAUUGAAUCGAAGCAAAUAAAUUAUCCUAAAUGAUAUGUACUAUCUGAUAAGCUAGGAACUUAAGCAAAUGAUUCGAAAUGCCGUGGAAAAAGCGCCCAGUGGAAGUCGGCCAAGUAAUAAUGUAGCUAUCGGUUACUACAGGGACUUCGAGUCACUCUUCUUCAACUCCUGCGGAGUAGAAUUGACCAAAGUGAAUUACUUCUUUGCCCACAAGCAGGCGGAGGCGCAUCGCAAGCUGGCCACCCUCAAUUACCAACUUGACCGUCGUCGUGCACAGCAGGAUCCUAGGGGAUCGACAGCUUCCAGGGGCUCAGCUUCGUCCUGGAGUCGCCAGACGGAGAACAAGCGCAAGUUGCCGCCCAUCAAGAAACUUCGACUGGCCAUGAGCGAGUUCUAUCUUAGCCUGAUAAUGUUGCAGAAUUAUCAGACAUUGAACAUGACUGCGUUUCGCAAGAUCUGCAAGAAGUACGACAAGAAUCUAAAGUCAGAGGCUGGAUUUGCCUGGUACGAUAAAUACGUUCUAAGGUCCACUUUGGCCAUAACCCUGCAAUUGGACCGGAUGAUAUCCACCACGGAGAACAUGUACACGGAUUACUUAGCCAACGGGGACAGAUCUGAGGCAAUGGCCAAGCUUCGAGUGCCGCCAUUGGGCCACCCAACUCCACCGGUUCAUGUUUUCAGUGCCGGUCUUUUCCUUGGUCUCUUUUUGGUGGGAGCUAUUAUAUGCUUUAUAUCUUAUUUUUCGGUAGAUACGAGUCCAGAGUUUCGCUACACCUUUGUCAGUCUGUUUAGAGGUCCCAUUUCAGGUGUGACUUUCGGCUUCUGUCUGGCUAUAAAUAUUAAAGUGUACGAGAAGGUGGGCGUGAACCACGUUUUGAUCUUCGAAGUGGAGCGGAGGAAUGCCAUAGGAGCCAUGAGAGCCUUGGAAAUAUCCAGUUUCUUUGGAUACAUGUGCACUCUGAGCAUUCUGCUGUACUUGCUCCACAAGGAGUUCUUCAUCGAGGAUCCGAUCUACAUACCGCUGGUCCAGGUGGCCUUUGUAGUAGUGCUGUUCCUGAACCCCUUUCGCAUUCUUUUCUACUCUGGCAGGAUCUGGCUAUUGACCGUCAUGGGUCGCAUUCUUCUGUCCCCCUUCUUUUUUGUGAACUUCGCGGACUUUUGGGUGGCGGAUCAGUGGACCUCUCUGGUGGUCACCAUCGUGGAUCACUAUUACCUAGUCCGCUUCUAUGUGCGAUACUUUCUGGAUCGGAGCGAUGCCUUCGAGUUUGAGCCCGAUUACGCGGUGGCUGUCAUUCGAUGUUUGCCUGCGUGGUUUAGAUUCGCUCAGAGCCUUCGAAGAUUUAGGGACAGUGGGUCCAAGUCGACGGAUUAUUUGAUCAACGCCUUGAAGUACUUUUUAUUCAUUGCGGAAGUCGUAUUUUCAACAAUACAAAUGGAAACAAUUGCUCAUUAUACUGAUCUCUUUGAGAGCCCCUGGACUUGGGCCUAUAUAACAAUUUGCAUAGUUUCGUCAAUUUAUACUGUAUUCUGGGACUUGCUGAUGGACUUUGGUUUAUUUCGAGUGUGGAAUGGCGAGAACAAAUUUCUGCGCGACAAUUUGGUCUAUCCCAGGUGGUUUUACUACUUUGUGAUCGUGGAGAACACCCUGCUCCGGUGCGUUUGGAUAUUGGAGUUUGCCCUGGUCCAUCAGGAAUUGAUAGCACCCUACAAUGGCCAAUCGUUGAUUGGUUUCAGUGAGAUAGUGAGGCGAUUUUUCUGGAACUUUCUGCGCCUGGAGAACGAGCAUUUGUAUAAUUGUGGCCAAUUCAGAGCCACGCGGGACAUCUUCAUAACGAGGCUGGAUCCACAAGAGGAACGAUUCCUGGAGAGUGUAAUGGAUAAUACGGAAGACUUGGGAAGGGAGAAACUAAAUAAAAAGUACUUUUAAUGGGCUAUCUAU